GAGCCCUCUCCUGAUUGGUCCGUUUCCAAGAAUCCGCCAUAUUCAAACUUCCGCCGUGGUGUCUGAGCUCUGUUGUCAUCGAUCCUCUCUGCUUUCUUUGUACACAUCGGGACAGUUUUUACACGUUUAUACGAUUAUACGUUCGUCUUUUUGCUCGCUGAGCCAUAAUCACAUCCCUGUAUAACUAGAUUUCAAAACGAAGCCUCCAGCACAAUGGAAGAAAACGAAGAAGUGAGCGGAAAGACGGCGGAAAACAAAAAGCACAAACUGCGCAGGGUGUCAUCGAGGACGUCCAUUAGCAGUGUGUCCUCUCCACACACACUGCGGAGAAACAACUCCAAGAAACCUCCACUGCAGAGAGGAAGCUCCUUCACCUUUCUCACCCCUGGGACUCCGUGGGAGUUCAGUCUAAAAAGAAAGCGCAAAGAGAAGGACGAUGACACAGUCAGUCUCUCCAGCUUCGACCUCAAGGAGCCCAAUAACAAACGUGUGAGGCCGCUCGCUAAAGUUUCAUCUCUCGUCAACCUGAUUUCUCCUUCAAAGAAUGGAGCAGUGCGGCGCUUUGGUCAAACCAUCCAGUCCAUGUCAUUACGUGGUGAUAACAAGUCACCAGGGAUGUCCCUCAAAGCCAGCAGCAAGACGACAGGUCCCACACCCACUAAACGCAGAAACAGCACGCUGUGGUCGGAGACGCUGGACGUCCAUCAGAAGAGCACGUUCUCCACCAAAGAGAUAAAAAGACAAGAGGCAAUUCAUGAGCUCUACAGGGGAGAGCAGGAUCUCAUCGAAGAUCUCCAACUUGCACGAAAGGCAUACCAUGAUCCGAUGCUGAAACUGUCCAUCAUGACGGAGGAGGAACUCACUCACAUAUUUGGUGACCUGGAUGCAUACAUCCCCUUACAUGAGGACUUGUUGAUGAAGUUGACAGAGGGAACUGGCCCUGACGGAACAGUAGCUGAGAUUGGACAGAUAGUUAUAGACUGGCUGCCUGGUCUGAAUGCUUACAAAAACUACUGCAGCAACCAGCUUGCAGCCAAAGCCCUGCUGGACCAGAAAAAACAGGACAAGCGCGUGCAGGACUUCCUACAACGCUGCCUGGAGUCGCCCUUCAGCAGGAAGUUGGACCUCUGGAGCUUCCUGGACAUCCCACGUUCCCGUCUGGUGAAAUAUCCACUGCUGCUGCGAGAGAUCCUCAGACACACUCCUCCUGAUCACCCAGAUGUAGCCAGUCUGGAGAGAGCUAUCACUAUAAUCCAGGAGAUUCUGUCUGAUAUCAACGUGAGAAAAGGGGAGUCUGAGUGCCAGUAUUAUAUUGACAAGCUUGAGUACCUGGAUGAUAAGCAGCGGGACCCUCUCAUAGAUAACUGUAAGACUCUACUUUGUCAUGGAGAGCUGCGGAACAAGAGUGGCUCGAGGCUGCAUGUGUUCCUCUUCUCCGAGCUCUUGGUGCUGACCCGACCGGUAACUCGUAACGACAGGAGCUGUUUCCAGGUGUAUCGACAGCCCAUCCCGGUUCGGGACUUGGCUCUUGAGGACCUGCAGGAUGGAGAGAUCCGCAUGGGGGGAUCCUUCAGAGGGGCUUUCACCAAUGGAGAGAAAGCGAAGAACGUUUUUCGCGUGAGCUCUCUGGAUCCAUCCCAUGGCCAGGCCCACACCCUGCAUGUCAACGACAUCUACCACAAGCAGCAGUGGCUCAACUGUCUACGCACGGCGAUGACCCAACAACAAGGGGCUCAGCCGAGAAUUCAACAGGGGCAGGCCGUCAAAGUCAAGCGCCGCUCCUCCACUGUCUCAGCCACCAGCUACGACGAUGAGGAGAUAGACGAGAACUGUGCACCUGUCUCAGGCCCUAAACUCAGGCCUCAGACGCUCUCCAAAACCAGACUGGACCGGAAGUUUCAAAGCUCGCUAAAGAGGAAGGAGACUGGAGUGUAGACGUUUAUUCCAGCCUGGUGGAUCACAAAAGGGUUACUGUCAGACAGGCACGUGUUUGAAAACAGGUGUCCUGUUCGGUCACGUGUUUCAGUCAAUGAAUUUUAAUGCAACCUGUUGUUUUUUGUGCUUUUGCUUAUCAUUUCCGUCCAAAUGUACAUCAAAAUUUUUUGUCUUAAAAAAUGUGUAGUUUACAAAAAGAGUGUCAUGUGACAGUGUGACUAAAAUGUAUGUUUACAGCAGCUGUGUGGAAUUAGGGUUUUAUAUGUCUGCCCAAUGGGAAAAACAACUUUGUACCACUUGUAGCUUCAUUCCUGUGUCCUCACAUUUAAACCCCGUCAUUUUUUGUCGUUGUUGCUGUUGCUAUAAUCAAAAUGUGCAUCUGUAUUAUAAGCGUCAUGUGUGCAGCUGUCAGUGAUGUGUUAUCUGUUCCAAGAUAAGGGACCAUGAAACGAAAAAUGAGAAGUGGCCUCAGCUUUCUGAGAAGAGAAGUUGUCUAAAAUGUGAGAUUAGAUACAAGAUAACGAUCAGAACAUGAGUAAGACUGUUGGCCGUGAAUACGAUUCGAUUAAUUUCAUGGAGAUUUAAAAAAAAAAAAAAAAAUUUCAAAUGAAUCUAGAUGUACUCAGUGAAAAUUUGUUAAUAUGAAGAAAAUAAAACAUUUAGUUUGUACUUUUGAAA